UCGUCGCUGUUGACGGGUAUAAAAAGGACUGCGAAGUGGACGAGUGAAUUUGGAUUCAAAAUGAAGUGUUUCGCCCUGCUUUUAGUUGCAGUGCUUUCGGUCCAAGCCGGCAAGGUGACAAUCAAGGGCACUUGUGUCGACUGCAAUCAGCCGGAGACAACCACGCCAAGAGCACCGCAGCCAAGCCGCGGAUCCAGUGGUGGACAUGGACGGCAUCAGACAACGAUUAAGCCGAAGCCUUUACCCGCCCGCCGCGUUGUGAGCCAUGCGGAUAACGAUGAUGACGAUUGGAGCUUGGGUGGCGGCAAUAGCUGGGGACUACAUCAGUCAAUUGGCGGGGGACGAGACGGAGGUGUGUCCCAGCAUAUCACAGGGGGUCACCGCUAUAAGCGCCAAUGGGGGGGACGUCAAAUAAUCCGAACCGGCGGCGGUGAUGGGGAUGGCGGCUGGGGCGGUGGUCCUAUAACUACAAUUGAUUCUCGUGGCCAACCUGGAACAUUUGUGCGGAAUAACGACUGCGUCGGUUGCAAUAUACGUGGUUAGACCACCUGAGAUUAUCUGUGAAACAGAAAGAAAACAAAAUAAAUACACUAAUACAUCGAUAUUGUGGUUAAACCCAAGUGAUGUAUUCCCCAGAAUUCUCUCUCGAA